AUGGAUCUCGCCAAUCUGCUCACUGGCGCUCCCAAGCCAUAUACCGAGACCUACCAUAAGCGUUCUUUGCAAGCGCCUCCCUCCCCACCGGUUGAGGAUCAGGUCAAAUGCUCCCUGCCUUCGAUCUCCAGUCUGUUGGAAGGUGCCGAUGGUCAGCACGCAGCUAAGCGUCAACGCCUCAGCCCAUCGCUGUCCCGGGAUCGUGAUGUCCACUACGAGACCAUCCACCUCCCACCAACUCCCCCUCUGCGCCCAGGCUCUGGAUCAGGUCUCGCUCGCUCCCCAGAACUGAGCAAGCCCAACCACCCCCACCGCUCCUCAGUCUCCAGCACCGGCUCUGCACCCAUCUCCCGUAGCGGUCCCUACGCCUCACCCGCUCCAAGCGUCUUCUCAUACUCUUCCCCCGUCGACGCUCAAGCACCAAUGUACUAUCCCCGCCCCCCAACUGCCCAGAGCUUCCAGCCCGCGACGCCUGUCGCCGCGCCGCAAAUGCCCCCUCAACAACCUGCCCAGGUUCACCACCAUCACCAGCACACUCAACAACCUACUCCUCGCUCUCCCACUCUCAUCUCCCCCGUUACUCCUGCUUGGCAACACCACCACUACUUCCCGCCUUCCACUACAACUCCCUACCAGCAGAACCAUGACCGCUAUAUCUGCCGCACAUGCCACAAGGCCUUCUCGCGCCCUUCUUCUCUUCGCAUCCACUCCCACUCUCACACGGGCGAGAAGCCGUUCCGGUGCACACAUGCCGGCUGUGGAAAAGCCUUUUCCGUGCGCAGCAAUAUGAAGCGUCAUGAGCGUGGCUGUCACUCUGGCCGCCCCGUUGCGCCCAUCGCGGCUGCCGCUCCCACUGCUCUCGUGUCAUAA